UUUUGUUUCUGUGUUGUUCAAUUCCUCUCUUUCUCCUUUUUGCCAUGGGUGAGAAGCAACCUGAGGCAGCACCACAGAUUGUGGGUGCAAAUGGACUCGAUGAUGCUGUGGUGUAUCUCGAGGGUCAUGCAGGUGGGACAGACAGCCCACAAGUUGAUCUGCGGGCUCUCCGCUGGAAGAUCGAUUGCCGGUUGAUGCCCUACAUGUUUUGCUGUUAUGUUUUACAGUUCCUUGACAAGGUGAUGCUGAACUAUGCGGCUGUGAUGGGAAUCAAGAAAGAUUUGAAGCUUGUUGGCAAUGACUUUUCCAAUACUGCCACUUGGUUUUUUAUUGCCUACUUGAUCGCUGAAGUUCCCAAUGUCUACUGUCUGCAAAAAGCACCACCAGCGAAAUGGCUAGGGGGAAAUGUGUUCCUCUGGGGAGUCGCAGCCGCCGCCUCAUCCGGAGCACAGAGCUACAAAGGUCUCCUGGUAGCACGAAUCUUCCUAGGAAUCUUUGAAGCCACAAUUGGUCCGUCGUUGAUGCUGAUUAGCAGCCAAUACUACACUCGAAGUGAGCAAGCUCCUCGAUUUACCGUGUGGUACAUGGGCCUUGGUGUUGCCCAGAUUCUUGGUGGUCUCAUUUCCUUUGGCUUCCAGCAUGUACACCAUGCCUCGAUGGAAGGCUGGCGAAUCAUGUUCCUCGUUCUUGGACUUAUUACCUCUGUGGCUACUUGGCUGUCUGAGAGCGAGAAGGUCGCCCUCCUAGAACAUGUUAGCGAAAACCAGACUGGUGUUUGGAGCACCACCUUGAACUUGAGCCAGAUUUGGGAGGCUGUGUGUGACGUUCAGUUGUGGCUCUUGACUGUGACAACUAUUUUGAUCUCCGUAUCUAGCGGUGUAGUGACCACCUAUUCAUCGACCUUGAUCGCAGGAUUUGGUUUCACGGGACCUAUUUCGGCCCUUCUCAACACGCCGGGCGGCAUCGUCAGUAUCUUUUUCACCCUCCUCGUGGGAUUCGGAAUCCGUCAUACCUCACACCGCUGGGCAUGGAAUGUGCUAUGUACGAUUCCCGGGAUCAUCGGUGGCGGCUUACUGUCCUUCCUCCCGAAGACCAACAAAGCCGGUGUGCUAAUUGGUAUCUAUCUGGUCAACGCAAUUGUCGCCACUCUUCCAAUUCUUUACCAGUGGACUAUGGCCAACUGUGCUGGACAUACCAAGCGCGCAUUUGCUAGUGCACUUGUUGCCGGAUCUUUCUCGGUUGGAAAUAUCAUUGGCCCGCAGACAUUCCAGGCCCGUGAUGCGCCGGAAUACCACCCUGCUAAGAUUGCUGUUCUUGCGACUCAGGCUGCUGCCGCAGUCCUGUCGGUUGUCCUGUUCCUCUAUUAUAUGUGGGAGAAUCGCCGUAGGGAUCAAACCAAGGGAGAAGUUGACAGUACAAUGGUUGAUGAGACGAAGUGGGCUGGGCUCACUGAUAAGCAAAACCCUUCUUUCCGCUAUGUCUACUAGACAUGUGAGGCUAAUCGUUCGGUGUUGUGGUCAAUGAUUCCAAAGUGAACAUGGAAGUUGUUGCGGACAUCACUGGAUGAUACAUGACCUGUACUAUGUGGCAGUUUUGCUGUUGUCUCCGAAACCGCGAAAU